AUGCGUGCCUGGGUUCGCCCACAUCGCGGCCCGGCAAAGAAUCUCCAACUGACCGACAUGCCCACACCAGCUGUACCACCAUCAUCUUCUUCAGAGGUUCUAAUCCGCGUGUCUCAUGUCUCCGUAAACUUCAACACCGAGCUUUUCAUGAAAAUAGUCCCCAAGACACCCCUGACAAAGCCUUGGAUCCCCGAAAUCGAAUUCUCAGGCGAGGUCAUCGCCGCCGGCACAAAGGCUCCGCCUGAAGUAUGCGACCUUGGAGUGAAGGUCAUCGGCUACGAAAGUAUUCUGAACUACGCUACGGGACACGGUGUUCUGGCCGAGUACGUACGUGUUCCUGGUAGCAACGUUGUGCGUGCUAGCGAUGAGAUUGAUAUGGCGUCGGCGUCUGGGAUUAAUGGGUGCGGGAGCUGUGCGUUGAAAAUCUGUCAGACGGCCGGGAUAAGAAAAGGCCAUGUCGUUUUGGUCAACGGGGCGAGCGGAUCUGUUGGUUCUGUUCUCGUGCAGCUUUGUAAGGUUAGAGGAGCGAAGGUUGUUGGUGUUGCGAGUGGUGGGAAUGAGGAGAUAGUUCGUGGACUUGGUGUUGAUGAGUUCAUUGACUAUCGCAAACUUGACUCGCUGCCGGCUUACCUCGCCAGUCGGUAUGGGGAUAAACUGUUCGACUUCAUACUAGACUGCGUCGGCACGCAGGCGCUUUACGCAAAUUCACCCGCUUAUCUCAAGCCCGAAGGUGCUUUGAUCAAUAUCGGUUUUCUCGAGGGUAUUUUUACGACGACAUUCAAUGUCCUGGUAAAUAGAUUCCUUCCUACGUGGCUGGGUGGCGUGCCACGUCGUUACAUCACGUUUAGCACACCACCGACUCGCGAUGCCGCGAUUUACAUGGCGAAAUUGGUGGAGGAGGGCCAUAUCCGUAUUCCCAUUGACUCUGUCUAUGAUAUGGAGGAUGCCAUUGCGGUGUACGAGCGAGUGGCAACUCAGCGUGCCAGGGGCAAAGUUGUUAUCAAGGUGCGAAGUAACUAG